AUGAGCAAUUCCACCGCGACCAGCGCCCACCCGCCUGCCAGCGCGCCCGACCCGACUGUCAACGCCGAUGCCUCCCAAAGAGGGCUCCCCGCCGCCGCUGCCGCCGGCUCCGCCGAACUCGCCCAUCUUAAAGUAAACCUCAAGAACGCCCUGCGCCAGUUUCCCGACUUCCCCAGCCCCGGCAUCCUGUUCGAGGACAUCCUGCCCAUCUUCGCCGACGCCGCCCUGCACCAGCAGCUCGUGCGCGCCCUCGAGCUGCACGUCUCCAAGAACUACCCCAAGAAGCCCGACGUCGUCAUCGGCCUCGAGGCCCGCGGCUUCCUGUUCGGCCCCAGCCUGGCGCUGGCGCUGGGCGCCGGCUUCGUGCCCGUCCGCAAGCAGGGCAAGCUGCCGGGCCCGACGGAGACGGCCAGCUACCAGAAGGAGUACGGCGAGGACUUCUUCCAGAUGCAGGCCGACGCCAUCAAGCCUGGCCAGACGGCCAUCAUUGUCGACGACAUCAUUGCGACGGGCGGGUCUGCCGCGGCUGCUGGCGACCUGGUCAAGAAACUCGGCGGCCAGCUGCUUGGCUACCUUUUCAUUCUCGAACUCGAAUUCCUCAAGGGCCGCGAUAAGCUCGACGCGCCCGUCUACACUCUUCUCUCGGGCCAGGAGGAAAAGUCGGCGUAA